AUGCCCUCUUCCGCGCCCGUCUUUGCUACUCCCCUUACGAGGUUGUUUAAAAUAAGCCACCCCGUCAUGCUUGCAGGCAUGAACGUCGCUGCCGGCCCAAAGCUUGCCGCAGCCGUUACAAACGCAGGUGGUAUUGGCGUCAUUGGCGGUGUUCGCCAGAGCCCAAAAUUCCUUCAGGGUUCCAUUGACGAGUUGAAGAGUCAUUUGGAAGACAAGAACGCUCCCUUUGGUGUUGAUCUUUUGCUCCCUCAAAUUGGUGGCAAUGCUCGCAAGACCAACAAAGACUACACUGCGGGUCAAUUGCCAGAGCUCAUUGAUGUCAUCAUCAAAGGAGGGGCAUCCUUGUUCGUUUGUGCUGUCGGUGUUCCACCCAAGUGGGUCGUCGACAAGCUUCAUGCUGCUGGCAUUCCCGUCAUGAAUAUGAUAGGACACCCCAAGCAUGUCGCGAAAGCACUCGCUCAAGGUGUUGACAUCAUAUGCGCUCAGGGUGGUGAAGGAGGCGGCCACACUGGAGAUACCCCGUUUUCUAUUCUCAUCCCUGCCACCGUCGACCUUUGUAAGAACGCAAAGAGUCCCCUAACCGGCGAGCCUGUCAUUGUCGUAGCAGCUGGCGGUAUUGCGGACGGCCGCGGCCUAGCUGCUGCUCUCUUAUACGGAGCGUCAGGUGUCUGGGUCGGAACUCGAUUUGUUGCCAGUGUAGAAGCCGGUGCCCCAAAACGGCACAAAGAAUUAGUUGUGAGCGCUGGAUAUGACGAUGUCAUCCGCACGUUGGUAUACUCUGGGCGACCGAUGAGCGUGAGGAAGACUCCCUAUGUCGAAGAAUGGGAAACAAAGAGGCAAAAGGAGCUCUCUCAUUUAAUUGCUCAAGGAAAAGUCCCACAUGAGGUUGAGCUACAGAAUCAUCCAGAAAAGUCCCUGCAAGGCCUUUCUUGGCUCAUGGGACGCGUUGCUGGAUCAAUCAAUGAUAUCAAGCCUGCGAAAGACAUUGUCGACGAGCUCGUCAACACAGCAGCGAGCGGCCUAAAAUCUGCUUCGAGUCUCCAAGUCGUAAGGCCGAAACUAUGA